AUGUCGACGCUGGAAAUCACUGUCUACGCAGCUUCUUUCGCAUUGGUGUCGCUGUCUGGCUUGGCCUGGGCGGUGCUACUGCUGCCGUACGCUGCAGCCUCCGCCUUGACUUCGGUCGUGACACUGCCACCGCAAGGUGCUGCCUCCCUCAUCGGCGAGCAGCACGCACAGAAGAACUGUGUGGUGUACACGACUCAGUCGAUUUUGACACACAUGUGGGUGAUCUGCGCUCCUUGCCGCGUGCGGGCGUCGGCGCUGCGCAUUGCCCAUCUGCAUGUCGGUCGCGCUACGGGCCCUGCGACGGAGGACUUUGUUGUGCGCUCUCCAUUCCAGGCUAGCACGAGUCCCAAGCUUCGCGUGGGUGAGUCAGGAGACGAUGCACAGUUUAUCAGUGUGGCCCCACGAGGUAUCGGCAGCCCCGACCUGUGGGCAAAAGACAUGCCCCGCGUCGACAUCAGCAAGACUUUGACGUCGUCUUACACCAGCAACUUUAUCCAAGCAGCGGUAAACCCGGAGGUGGUUACCAAAGCCGGCGAGAAGCAGGCCUACGUUGAGGCACUGGCCCUAAACGAGGCUGUAAAAGAUCUAGACAUCCCUCGCGAGUGUUUCGUAGUGUCCACUCUCAUUGGCAGCAACGUGGUGCAUCCGACCAAUCCAAAUGCAGACGACAGACUGAUCAAAGCGUACGUGGAGAAAGGCGUGGAGAUCACGAUGAACGAGUUGGAUGUCGAGACGCUAGACCAUGUCGUGUGUCAGAUCCCCGAAGAGCUGGCUCUGGUCUCGAGUAAACAGGGUGAACUGAUGGAGAAGUUAAAAGCUACGUGUGAUGCAUUGGAACAGCUGUGCAAUGACGGAAAAGUGCAGAGUUACGGCUUCUCGUUGCCGAGUUUUGACUCCUCGAGUAAACCGUUGGAAGAGUUGGUGGAGAAGACGUUCACUCCGUUGUCAGAACAGUUUGGACGGUUCGCCUCGUUGCAAUUGGCUCAAAAUGUCGGCAGUGCAAUCUUCCCUUUGCCUGAGGCGGUGAUGCAGUUCCGUAAGGAGCGUGAGAUGCUGCUUAUUGGCGACCGGCCACUGGAGACGAUCUUGUCAAGUGGCAACCCGUUCCAUCUGACCACAUACAACGGCAUGGCAGGUGAAGAUGUGGCGUUGUUGCUGAAGACGGCGUUUAAUCUUGCUAUCGCGGUGGAGAAGAAGUACGUAGAGAACAUUCGUCCUGAGAAGGGGCACCUUGAUCUCCCGCCACCGGAGGACGUGGCAUGGGGCCACAUUUUGGCCAACCAGCACAGCCACUUUGACAACCUUCAGGUCUGGAGAUAUGUUCGUGAGACGCAGAUCUUCCCUCGCUUAGAUGCGACCGUCAAGGAGUUCAACAAGCACAAGGAGACCGAGGAGUUAGGUUUCGCUUACUCAAUGGCCAUGAACCAGCUGCUCAAGUGUUUCACUAGAUCUGUUGAGUUAGUGGACGCCGACCGCGCGACCAACGUGAUGAACGCGUGGAAGGAGAAGGGACUACUCCCGUCCGACAAGACGAGCAUUCAAGAAAUUGCAGUGAUGGCGGUGCUCAGCGCUGGCAUGGACAUCACGUUGCUCGAAGAACAGCUCCCCGCGUCAACCUCGCUGCCUUUCACCCACAGAUUCUCCAGCGCCCAACUGCAGCAGAUCGCAGCUCUUGCGCGGCCUCAUCUUACCGUCGAGAAGUGA